CUUUUCAACGUAGUCAUCACCUAUUAACACACUUUAGUAGAGCCGGAAACCAAAAUAUUUACAAAAGCAACCGUAAAAUAAUUUUAAAUCGCAUUAAAAAAAGAAAAAAAUGUGAAGUGGAAUAAUGGAGAUAUAAAUAACUCAAACUUGUUAGCAGUAAGUUAAUAAAUUAUUCCCACCUCUCUAAUUUAUCGGCAAAGAUAAGCAGCCCAUGCUGUUCGAUAAUUUAUCGUAAACCAGCAUUUGAAUAUUAUUAGUAGUGACUUGCACUCGAAAUGACUGAAAGUAGAAAAAAACUUUACAUCCUGAUAACAGGAGGCUUUUUGGCAUAUCUUAUAAUUUACUGGGCGUAUUUCAAAUCUUCGAUUUUACCGUCCGAAGAAAAUUUAGAUGCAAAAUCUGCAUCAGAUCUUGAAGAGAUAUACCACAGAUUCAUGAGCCAAAUUCAGGUGAAGUGUAACAAAAUAGCCCGCGUUGGUUCUCAUGGAGACGGAGGAUGGAAUGUUUGUAUGGAUAAUGGAUAUCAUCCUACGAAGCCUUGCUUGGUGUAUGCAUUUGGAAUUGGUCUUGACUCAAGUUUUGAUGUUGAGAUGGAUGCAUACUAUGGAUGUGAAGUACAUUCUUUUGACCCAUUUGUACCUGUAUCACAAAUUCCAUAUCUUCUAUCUUUGAAUUACCAUGCAAUUGGAAUAAGUGGCAAAACAGGUAUUGUCAACGGCACCCAACUUAUGACGCUUUUAGAUAUCCGCAAGCACUUAAAUCACACUAAGAAGAACAUAUCUAUCUUGAAAAUGGAUGUAGAAAACGAUGAAUGGAACUCCUUGAUUAAGGCAAUGUCUGAUGGUGAACUAGAUCACGUGAAACAGUUACUAGUUGAAUUUCACUCAUAUUUUUCUGAAGCAUCGAAGUGGAACGUUCACCGUAAUGCUCUUAAUGUUGUCAAGAAAUUGAUGGAUCUUAACUUCCGAAUAUUCUCGAUAGAAAAGAAUAAUGCUUGCAUUUAUAUAAGUGAUAGAAAUAUUCUGUUGACCAAAUGUUACAACGUUCAUAUGGUUAAAGUUAGUUAAUAUA